AUGCGCUCUUUUCUUGUUGCUCUGGGACACGGCCACAUACGAUCCUACCAAUCUGCCAGAUACGACAGAAAAAGGCCAGAUUGGAACAAACAAAUGCAGUACCAAGGCCUCCCAGACUUCCUUGUGGUACGUUUUCCUUUACCCGCCCCUCGCUAUUGGCUUACACCCGACUCGGCGCCAAGUCAAAACGUAUACAUCAACUCUGUUAAUGACUUUUGUUUAUGGGCACCUCCGUAUACCGACGGACACAACUCUUCGGUCGGACAGGUCGAAGAGAUCAUGGUUGCCUGGUGUUUGAAUGACGGAUAUGGAACGAGAUUAAUUCCAGACGGAACUAUCACGGGCGCACACUUUGUCCAGACACCCGAUUAUGUGCAAGUCACAGGAUGGGGCGAUCUGACAAAAUUGAAUAUUCCCAAGGGCGACUCGGGAGGCGCAGAUGGCCUAGGAAACCCACACGGCGGUCUAGUAUUCGGGAAAUCGUACGGCAAAUGGCAGCAAUACCAUGAAUGGACCAACUUUAUGUCUUCUACGGACUUUUGCAUACGCGCAUGCAGAGACGACGGAAACGAUCCUAAACACCACUGUAACCACAUAUACGACCUUCAAGGUUCGCCUUCUUAUAUCCCUUUUAUUCCAUUUACUCACCUUGCCUCGCAUCUUCCCCUACUUUUUUUUUCCCACUCGCUCGUCCGCUUCCGUAUGCCCACAACAGGCUGCGACUGGAACAUACCCGCCAACUACACCCAAGGCGUGUUCGAAGACUGCCAAGGCGAUACCGGUCUACCUAUGGGCAUCUACGGAUCCUCGACCUUCCAACAGGGACAAGGUCCGACGCCUGCUGCGCAUCCGAUCCCACCGAGCAGCUCCUGCAAGUUUUAUUCGAGCGUGAAGAAUGCGGUUGCGGGCGUUACGCUUGCUCCGACGGUACCGACAGCGGCAGCGACAACAACGGUGGCUAGUGUUGUCCCUGGUUCGACAGCUACGAGUACGGCGGCGAGUUCGACUGGAGGAGCUGUUGGACGAGUCGGUUCCCUUGGUUGGACAUGGGCAGGUAUGAUGUUUGUAGGCGUUGUAGGGGCUAUGCUUGGUACAGUCUUUAUUCUCUAG